AUGGAAAGUCCGGUACUUCUAGUUAAAAACGCUAAUGCUGCUACUAAUGCAAGCAAUCUGGGAUUACUCGGACAGAAACAGAAUUCGUAUACUGUGGAUGAGAAUACUUGGUUCCUAAAUAAUAUCAGCUUCAUAUUCGAAGAUGAUGAUCCGAGCCAGCACGACGAAGAUCAACUAGAUUACGAAAAUGUCAUCAUUAUAGAUAGUGAGCCGUCUGGCACGGUGAACAAUGUAGAAAUGCUUAGCGAACGGUGGCAGUUACUAGCUUUUGAUCAAAACCCAAGAGAUAAUUGCAUAUCACUCACUGUCAUGAACGAAUUAAGUGCAGAUUUGGGUCAGAAUACUGAUAUUUCUGGUUUAGAUAACCUGUCUAAGCUGUACCAUGAGCGAAACGCUCAGAUACGGAAACUACUCGAUUCCAUAGCUCCGUAA